ACAACACAACUGGUUUCUCUUCUUGAUACAAGCAGAUCUGCCAGCCUCCUCGGUCAAGAGAAGCAUCACUCCCGAAAUGGAAACGGGACACUUUGGAAAGAAUGCCAAAGUGCAUGACAAUAAAACCCGUGGGCUCACAUUUGCACCAAUCUCCAAUCUCCUGUAAGAGUCAAAAGGGCAAACUGAGAGUGUGUGACCUUUCAAGAAAGCUAAACACCCCGUGACGUUGAGCAGGAAGACUUCCAGUGGUUAAACUCUGUCCACUGCUUUAAGUCACCUCCAGGAGCGUGGAUGCUGCCUUCUGGUGGUGGCAGUCUAUGUAAAAACUUGAUCUAGCACCACUCUCUGAAUGCAUUGGAGACUUGUUUAGAACUUCAAAAACCAAGGAAAAUCUAAAAGAAAAAAAAAAAAAACUCCUAGCCAAAAAAAAAAAAUUGACAUUGAAAUCUUAACAAGGAGGCAAAGCUUCCUCCUUUGCUCUUCACAGCCUAAGAAGUGAUGUGACUGCCACUGUCAAACAAUGACGAUGAACAGCACGUGUGUUGAGGAGCAACACGACCUAGAUCACUACCUGUUCCCAGUGGUCUACAUAUUUGUGUUUAUAGUCAGCGUCCCGGCCAACGUCGGGUCUUUAUGUGUAUCCUUUCUGCAAGCAAAGAAGGAAAACGAGCUAGGAAUUUACCUCUUCAGUUUGUCACUGUCAGAUCUGCUGUACGCAUUGACGCUGCCUCUGUGGAUCAAUUACACCUGGAAUAAAGACAACUGGACGUUCUCUCCCGCCUUAUGCAAAGGAAGUGUCUUCUUCACGUACAUGAACUUCUACAGCAGCACGGCGUUCCUCACCUGCAUCGCCUUGGACCGCUAUUUAGCCGUUGUCUACCCGCUGAAGUUUUCGUUUCUGAGAACGAGAAGAUUUGCCUUCGUGAGCAGCCUGUCUAUCUGGAUACUGGAGUCCAUCUUUAACUCCAUCCUCCUGUGGAAAGAUGAGACAAGCGUCGAAUACUGUGCUGCGGAGAAGUCCAACUUCACGCUGUGUUACGACAAAUACCCGCUGGAGACCUGGCAGAUCGACCUCAACCUGUUCAGGACGUGCAUGGGCUACGCGCUGCCUUUGGUCACCAUCAUGAUCUGCAACCAUAAAGUCUAUCAAGCCGUGCAGCACAACCAAGCCACGGAGAACAGCGAGAAGAGAAGAAUCAUAAAGCUGCUUGCGGGCAUCACGCUGACUUUCGUACUAUGCUUCACGCCCUUCCACGUGAUGGUGCUCAUUCGCUGCAUCUUAGAGCGCAAUAUGAACUUCAACGACAAGUCUGGAAAGCAGACGUUCACAGUGUACAGAAUCACAGUGGCUCUGACAAGUCUAAACUGUGUCGCCGAUCCAAUUCUGUACUGUUUUGUGACUGAAACGGGGAGAGCCGAUAUGUGGAACAUAUUAAAAUCGUGUACCAGGAAACACAAUAGAUCACAAGAACAAAAAAAGGAAGUAAUUUCUGUGUCCACAAGAGAUACCAUAGAACUAGAGAUUAUAGCAUAAAAGAUGAAAGCAGGUUAAGAUACGUGAUGUUACACAAUAAAAACUGUAUUUUUGAAAGUAAAUCUGGUAUAGGAGGACCAAGUGUUCUGAGUGAGUACUUAAUUCUACCCCAGCAGAAAUAUUUUAAAGGUACAUUGUACAACCCCUACAUUGACUUUCAUUAAAUAAGGUAUGGAAAUGUGUCAUUUUCUAAA